GAGAAAGGAACAAAGAAAACUGUGUUUAAAGGAUUUUCCACUCUGUUUCUGGUGGCUGGUCCAGAAAGAUGCCUCAGUUCCUGAUUCUCACCUGCCUCUUCAUCACGGUCGCCCCAGUGUCACCCAUGGCCCUAGAUCCCUGUUCUGCUUACAUCAGUCUGAACGAACCCUGGAGGAACACCGACCACCAGUUUGAUGACUCUCAAGGUCAACCCCUUUGUGACAACCAUGUGGAUGGGGAAUGGUAUCGCUUCACGGGCAUGGCGGGAGAUGCUAUGCCCACCUUCUGCAUACCGGAAAACCACUGUGGAACCCAUGCACCUGUCUGGCUCAAUGGCAGCCACCCCAUAGAAAGUGACGGCAUUGUGCAACGCCAGGCUUGUGCCAGCUUCAAAGGGAACUGCUGCCUGUGGAAUACCACGGUGGAAGUCAAGGCCUGCCCUGGAGGCUACUAUGUGUAUCGGCUAACCAGGCCCAGUGUCUGCUUCCAUGUCUACUGUGGCCAUUUUUAUGACAUCUGUAAUGAAGACUGCCAGGGCAACUGUUUAGACACCAGCGAGUGCAUGUGCUCUCCAGGAACGGCGCUGGGCCCUGACGGGCAGACGUGCUUUGAUGAAAACGAAUGUGAGCAGAACAAUGGGGGUUGCAGUGAGAUCUGUGUGAACCUCAAAAACUCACACCGCUGUGAGUGUGGGGUCGGCCGUGUGCUGAGGAGUGAUGGCAAGACCUGUGGAGACAUUGAAGGAUGCCACAAUAACAAUGGUGGCUGCAGCCAUUCCUGUCUUGGGUCUGAGAAGGGUUACCAGUGUGAGUGUCCCCGGGGCUUGGUUCUGUCCGAAGAUAACCACACUUGCCAAGUUCCUGUGCUGUGCAAGUCCAGCACCAUUGAAGUGAGUGUCCCCCGAGAGCUGGUUGGCGGCCUGGAGCUCUUCCUGACCAAUACCUCCUGCCGAGGAGUGUCCAACGGCACCCAUGUGAACAUUGUCUUCUCCCUCAAGACCUGUGGCACAGUGGUUGAUGUGGUGAAUGACAAAAUCGUGGCCAGCAACCUGGUGACAGGGCUGCCCAAGCAGACGCCCGGGAGCAGCGGGGACAUCAUCGUUCGGACCAGCGAGCUGCUGAUCCCGGUGACCUGCGAGUUCCCGCGCCUCUACACCAUCUCCGAAGGCUACGUGCCCAACCUGCGCAGCGCCCCGCUGGAGCUCCAGGGCCGCAACCACGGCGUCUUUCCCUUCACGCUGGAGAUCUUCAAGGACCACGGCUUCGAAGAGCCGUACCGGGAGGCGCUGCCCACGCUCAAGCUGCGCGACUCCCUCUACUUCGGCAUCGAGCCCCUGGUGCACGUGAGCGGCCUGGAGAGCCUGGUUGAGAGCUGCUUCGCCACGCCCACCGCCAAGAUCGACGAGAUCCUCAAGUACUACCUGAUCCAGGAUGGCUGUGUUUCUGAUGACUCAGUGAAGCAGUACUCAUCCAGGGAUCACCUAGCAAAGCACUUCCAGGUCCCUGUCUUCAAGUUUGUGGGCAAAGAUCACAAGGAAGUGUUUCUGCACUGCCGGGUCCUUGUCUGUGGGGUGCUGGAUGAGCGUUCCCGCUGUGCCCAAGGGUGCCACCGGCGAGUGCGUCGUGAGGUAGGGGAAGAAGAGGACUCUGCCAGUCUGCAGAGUCAGACCCUGACAGGCGGCCCCAUCAGCAUCGACUGGGAGGACUAGUCCCUGCUUCCUGUCUCCUUUCUGGGGCUUCUCCCUGUCUCCUCUAAGAACAUCAAAGAAGUUCCUAGAACACCUGACAUCUUUGAACCACAUUCUGUGAGUUUAGAUACCUGGAAAUGACUCACUGGUUCUGGUCCCUGGGUUGGUACAGGUCACAGCACUGCUGGCCCACAUGGCCACAUGGACCUCGGCUUCCCCAUGUGGAGAGCUAAGCUGUCCACACAGAAGGAAGCUUGCCUCAUCUCCAUGUCUUUCCUACAAUGAAAUACCUCAUUUAUGAUGCAAUAGGACACUGAAAUGAGAAGCUGGGUAUAAGAUUCCAAGUUAAAAGACCUAAACAAACAGAGGGUAGAGAAAUGGCUGGGCAGUUAAGAGCACUGGCUGCUCUUGCAGAGGACCUGGGUUUGGUUCUCAGCACUCACAUGGUGGCUAACAACCAUCUGUAACCCAAUUCCAGGGGAUCUGACAUCCUCUUCUGGCCUCUGCAGGGGAUUCCUAAACUCUGACACAGAAUACUUAUAGGAGAUUUGAAAGUUUAUCAAUAAAAUAAUGUACACGAAAAUAUAUUUGGUUAACUGUUACAUAAUACUUUAUGUAUGUAUGCUUUAAAUGAAAUGUUUUCACCUAAAAAUAACUUCAGUGGCACGCAUAUAAGUGGUUCAAUGACUGAAUAUAAACAAAAUUAAAUUGUGGCCCCAUUGCCCUGUGCAUUCGGUUUCUGUGCCCCUGACAAGGUAAGAUAAUAAGACAUACCAUAUUCUUAUUUUGCAGGUGCUGAAUACAUUUUAUUGAAAUAAAUAUCAUAAACCACAAAGAUAAA